UGGCGUGGAGGCAGCAGGGUCGGCGGGUUAAUAGGUGUCAUGGACAGAGCUAAAGAAAACCUCGUUUCAGGGUCUAUAAAGGCCAUGGGUCCUCUUGGGAACGGUCCGAAACGUGUCCUGGUGACGCAGCAGCUUCCCUCUCAGAACCCAUCAUCAGGCGGCCAGGCUCAGCUGGUCUUGUGUCCUUCAAAUUCCUCCCAGCGGGUUCCUACGCAAGCGCAGAAGCUUGUCUGUAGCCAGAAGGUGGUACAGAAGCAACUGCAGGCCACCGGCAGGGCGCACCCUGUCCCCCGGCCAGGGAACAGCACCCAGAAGCGCGAGCAGUCCCAGCUGGCAGCAUCCGGAGGGAACCCUGGGAAGGAAGUGGAAUCAAAACCAAAAACUGAAGACUUGAAAAGGAGAUGGUGGACUUUGGAAGAUUUUGAUAUUGGCCGCCCGUUAGGUAAAGGAAAGUUUGGCAAUGUUUAUUUGGCCAGAGAAAAACAAAGCAAGUUUAUCCUGGCUCUGAAGGUGUUAUUUAAAGCCCAGCUGGAGAAAGCAGGCGUGGAGCACCAGCUCAGGAGAGAAGUGGAGAUACAGUCCCACCCGCAUCCCAACAUCCUCAGGCUGUACGGUUACUUCCACGACGCCCCACCGAGAGUUUACCGAAUUCUGGAGUAUGCCCCGCUUGGAACAGUCUAUAGAGAACUUCAGAAACUCUCCAAGUUUGAUGAGCAGAGAGCUGCUACUUAUAUCACGGAAUUGGCAAACGUCGUGUCUAACUGUCAUUCCAAGAGAGUUAUUCAAAGGGAUAUUAAACCAGAGAACCUGCUGCUGGGGUCAGCUGGAGAGCUGAAGAUCGCAGAUUUCGGGUGGUCAGCGCACGCUCCGUCCUCCAGGAGGACCAGUCUGUGCGGCACCCUGGACUACCAACCCCCCGAGAUGAUCGAAGGCCGGAAGCAUGAUGAGAAGGUGGAUCUCUGGAGCCUGGGCGUCCUCUGCUACAAGUUUCUGGUCGGGAAGCCACCUUUUGAGGCGCACACGCAUCAGGAGACCUACAAAAGGAUCUCACAGGUCGAAUUCACGUUCCCUGACUUUGUGACAGAGGGAGCCCGGGACUUCAUUUCAAGGCUGUUAAAGCAGAAUCCAAGCCAGAGGCCGACUCUUAGUGAAGUCCUCGAACACCCCUGGGUCACAACAAAUUCAAGCAAGCCAUCAAGUUGCCAGAAAAGCAAAGAACCAACUAGCAAAUCAUCUUAGUCACACAGGAGAAAUCCUGGGGCCGGGGCUGCUGUGGAAUCUUCGGGAAUGUGCUCCCAGACAUAUUUGACUGUUGAUGGUCUGCUUGGU